AGAACAUGAUUGCUGAGGGUUGACGUAAGGGAGAAAGGGAGCAUCAUGUUACGAGGGGCACAGAAUUGAACGCCUGCUCAUCCAUCAACAAAAUGAAAUGACAAUGGAGUCACCAGUAAGAAUAUGCUUCAGUGCAGCGUUAGUAAUAAAUUUACUACUCCUAAGUAGUACAGUUGUUAGUAAUGCUUUGCCUCAUGACACAAACUCAACUUCAUUGAAGAGCGAGAGAAAUACCAGAUAUGGCAGAGCUAAUAAUACAACUUGGCUUGCUAAUAAUGAUGCCAAAUCUCCAGAUACGUCUCUCAAUGAACUAAAUCCAAAAGAUGUAUCUGAAGAACACACUGAGAAGAAUGCCAAAUACAAAGACAGAGGAAGGGUAAGGUAUAAUUCUCAAGUUAAGUCAAGUACAGAAAGGACUUUAAGAAGAGUUAAAAGCACAACUGAAAAGCCUGACGUAAUUAUAGUGACACCUACCCCUGAAGUAAAGAAACCAGCAGAAAUAAUAGACAGCAUGCGAAAGUAUAAAAGUACCAAAAUACCAGUGAUAGUUACGAGUUCUACCUCAACUAGUACUACUACUACCCCAGCACCUGUUAAAACCAUAUCUGUUAAAGUUGAAAGUGAAGAAGAAGAAUACGAAGAUGAAGAAGAGGAAGAUGAUAAAUCUUUAGAAAAAUAUACGUCUAGUAAAUUAUUUGAUAGUAAUUUUUUUACUAUACCUAGUUACGAUGAUGAAUAUAGCCCUUAUACAAAACAUGACAGCCGUGAAAAGAAAGGAAAGAAGGAAUUUGGUCAAGAACCAUUUGGCGAGUUUUCUACAUAUUUUCCAAAUGAAUCUUCUUACGAACCCAAAGAGCAUGAUUCAUAUAAAUCCGAAAGUUUCUUUGACUUUGAUACCGAAUUGACUACGCCAAAGAACGACUUUUUUGAUAAAAAAUUUCGUGAAAUAUCCAAAAGUAUAGAAACUAAAUUGGCAUCUAUAACAACUAAAGCUCCGCCUUCCAAUGCGACAAAUGUUUAUAAAUUUGUGAAUGAAAAUAGCGGGUUAGAAAGCUUAGGUAAUAACACACCCACGAACAAAUCGACGGUGAUUAUAAAGAAUACCAAAGAAAUCAGACUUUUAGAUAACGAAGAGGCUGGAAGUGCUAAUAAAGCACUAUCUGAUGUAAAGGGCACUAGUAUUUAUUAUGAAAUGUCAGUAUUGUCAACUGAAACGUAUGCUAUCAAUCACUUGAACGAUGAUGAUUGUGACAACGAUACUUUAGCCUCUGAUCCCACUAUGCGUACUUCGGCUGAAGAAGAGUUAGCAUCAAUCAAAGCUACACAAGCAACAAUAAUACCGGCAGUUACAAAACCUGCGUAUCCGGAUCCUACGUCAGAAAAGAUUUCCACGCAAUCAUCUAACUACUUCCCUUCAAGCCUGAUACCAUCGGUUUUCAGUUCAGCUAGUUCAGUGCCUCAUUCUACACAAAGAAUCGAAACAAGCACAGAUAACUCUGUUAAAGUGUAUUCUAGCAGCUUUACUAGGAAUCGAAGUUAUUCGAAACGAUUGAAUCUUUCGGAUUCAAAGCACUCUCCUAAUAGCGUUACUUCUAGACCAGUGACGAGUACUACAUACUAUAACAGCAGACAACAAACUCGUAGAUUCCAUCACACGACACCAAAGACGAAACCUAUUUGGAUGACUCCAAGACGAAACGCCACAAGAGUUACACGACCAUCUCGACCUACUACUAUUUAUUCGGAGCACUUUGACAUAUCGGACAAAUUCACAACUGCUCGACCUAGUCAAGCGAAUAAAACUGUUCUUACUACAGUGUCAUCUGAUAUUGAUCCAGUUUUGCAGACUGAUAUCGGCGGAGUGAAGAAGGUUGUCCAUUCUCCUUCUAUAUCCGAUAAUAGUAUUCCUUCGUUGUGGAAGAGGGGUUCGACGAAAUAUACAACAUCGACGUCGACAUCGUCAGAGCAGACUGCACUGGGAGAUCUGGAGAUUCCUCCGACCCUAACGGCGUGGGCACUCGCAAGCUUGAGGAGUCCACCAUCGGUAUCGAGCUCAGUUGUGAAUACAACAGUAUCAACACAUAAGAACCUUGAUGAGAACGAGUUGCAGAAAGUUGGUGAAGUAGUAGAGAAAAAAGAGUCGACAGCCAUACCUAUUUCAUUAAGCACAAGCCUUAUGAAUAAUGAUAUUGUGCCCAAGAAAGUUACCGAAAUAAACCAAAACAGAUUACCAUGGCGACCGGUACCUCCCACUUUACCAACUAUUGAAAUCGUUAGUCAAACAACUAAGCGAAUCGAAACGAAAUAUGAAAAACAACCUGCAGAAAGUAAUAUUUCAGUUCAAAAUAGUGAUAAGACUUUUAGUACUACUGAUAAAGUACGUACCAAAGCUGAUGACCUAGCACUUAACACUAUUAAGUAUACAAGACCUACAUGGGUGUCUGCAACUGAGGUAGAAAAACCAAGUACAGAGGAAAGUCAUAAAACUUCUCAAAAAGCAAUUCCUCCAGUUGAUGCUACAAAGUCAACUGGUUUCGAAUCGAUUACAAAACUACCUGGUGGGGUAACUACUCCGCUAGAUGAUACUAUUCAGAGUUCUGAUGAGAAGAAUGAGAUAGUUACUGACAAACCACCUAAGGAAUCUUUAACAACUGAUUACCAAAUUACUACUAUAAGAUUUUCUUAUGUCCCAACUGAGCCAACCACUGACAGCGAUUACGACAAAUUUAAUGAAUCUACGACAGAGGUAUCAUGGCAUCCAGUGGUACCAACGCGAACCGUAAUUACAACUACCGACAACAAUCCGAUAACUACAUAUCGGCCUAAGUUUACUACAACAGAUGAUAUUGCUGAAGAAACAACGACGAUUGUUCCAGAAACACCCCCGCCAGUAGAAGUCUCAUCACAAAUUAUAGAAAGUACUACAGAGCAAAUACCCGAAACAACAGAAGCAUUUACACAAACCACAACCGAAGAAGCUACAACUGAAAUGCUUACUACGACGAUGGCAGUUUCAACAGAACCUACAACUACCAUCAAACUAACUACACAAACUCAGGAAGAAACUACAUCUAUUGUCACAGAAAUUAUAACCGAAAUAAAUACUGAAAGGGAAAUGCCGAGUUCUACUGAAAUAUCUUACAGAACUGAAAUAUCAAGCUCCGCGACAGAAUCAACUGAAUCCGAUUACACAUCAGAAGAAGAUAGCAACAGCAAUGAAGUCAUCACUCAGCAGGCUAAGACCACAACUGAAGAAACUACAAUGUACCAAGAAGUGACUACUCCAAAAAUGUUUACAACCGAAGUCCACGUGGAAACUACUACAACAGAAAAAGCUAAAGAAACGACAACGGAAAAAGUUAUCCAAACGACAACUGAGCAUAGUGCGAAAAUCUUUGAAAGCACAACAAACAACAACGCGGAUGUAGAAACGACGACAGAUUCGACCACUGAAGACGGUUCGAAGUCAGUGAGUGACCUAGAAGAUCUGACGAGCUAUGCUGGAGAUAUGACCACGGAAGCUGUACCUCGAGGCCCGCUCGACUCAGACUCUGGGUCGGGAGCAGGCGUCGCCAUCGCAGUCAGUACGAUCGGAGUGAUAGCGCUGGUACUUCUCAUUGGACUUUUGUUGGUGGUACGGCGUCGCGGCAGGAGAGGUGUUUACGCUCAGCGCUGCACCCCAGUGUCUCUAGAUGCUUACAGCCUGGACAGCGUCAGCGUGGGCCACAGGAAAGGCAACCAUAGGCUACGGGCUAGCAAGCGUAGCUACGGCAACCCGGCAUAUGAUGACGAGGUGACAUCACAUCCUAUGCAGUACGCGGCGUUGGCUAACUUCGCAAUGGACAUUGAGUCUAUGAGCGCUGAGUUCGCAGAGAUUCCGUCAGUGACGGUUCGUCCGGACGAAGUGCCACCCGGCUGCGAGGACAAGAACCGCUACUCCAACGUCCUCCCGCUGCCCGAGACCAGAGUGCCGCUCAAGAGGAUCGGAAACGACCCCGCUACCGAGUACAUCAAUGCCAACUACGUUACUGGUCCUGGCAAUAUUCGCAACUAUUACAUCGCGUGUCAAGCGCCUCUUCCCAACACUGUGAUAGAUUUCUGGCGCAUGAUCUGGGAGCAGAACUCUAGGCUGAUAGUGAUGCUCACGGAGUACAUGGAGAAUGGCGUGGAGAAAUGUUACGAGUACCUACCGCCCUCCGAGGUUUCCGACAACAAGCGCACCUUCGGCGACUUCCAGAUCAUCCUCAAGAAGCGCGAGCAGCGCGACAAGUACGCCAUCUCCAGCGUGCAGCUGAUCAACCUGGCCACCAGGACUUGGAGGGAGGUCACCCAGCUCUGGUACUUCUGGCCGGCUAAGGGCGUGCCUGAUGAUUACGAUUCGGUCAUCGAUUUCUUGUCCGAGAUGAGGAGUUACAUGAAAGUCUCGCAGACAGCCAAAGAAUAUGAUGAAGAUGGUGUGGAGGUGAUAUACGGCGACCAGAAUCGGUCAUCCUUCGGCAACCUGUCGAAGCUGCGUAGCGAAGAGGGCUCCGGGGGAGCGGGCGGGUACUCGCCGGCGCGCGCGGAGGCGGCACUGCGCCGCGCGCCCGCGCACAACGGCACUCUAGCUAGGAUGAAGGCGGCUUCGGAACUUGAAGGCGUGCGGCCAUGCGUAGUAGUAUGCGCUUCAGGCGCGGGUCGUUCCGCGGCACUGAUCGCUGCCGACGUCAGCACGCGCGCGCUGGCCGCCGCCGCCGCCGACCUGCCGCGCGUCGUGCGCGAGCUGCGCGCCCAGCGGCCCCACGCGCUGGCUAACCGGCACCACUAUAUCUUCCUAUACAAGGUGAGAUCACUACGACUUCCUUUAGAAGGCGACUACACUGUAAUACAUUCGCGCGCUGGCCGCCGCCGCCGCCGACCUGCCGCGCGUCGUGCGCGAGCUGCGCGCCCAGCGGCCCCACGCGCUGGCUAACCGGCACCACUAUAUCUUCCUAUACAAGUUGCUGAGUGAAUACGGCAAUAAACUCAUGGGAGGUGGAGUGGACACAAUCUAAAGAUAUCCCCAUCUUAAAAUCUCCGCCUAUAGUGACUUAUCUUCUAUUUUCUUCUUUUUCGACAAAAAGAAAAGUAACAUUGAAAACAAAGUUUUGUUACAAAAAUGCAAGAACAUUUCGGUGUACGAGGUUUUUUGAGACAAUCAAAAUUAAAUGAAUAUUGGUAAAUAUUAUAAAAGUGAAAUUUAUUCAAAAGGACACCUAAACUUUUUUGGACAAUACCAAAGCAUAAUGUUACAAGAUCUCUGAAGAACGUUUCGCUCAAAACAUAUAUUUUAUUUUUUUAUUCAUUGGAUUUAUUUUUGGAGAUUAUGUUAUCAUCGUGUAUAUUUUAGAGCGUUUCUAUAAUAGCUGUUGUUAUUAUUUUAUAUUAUUUUUAUGUGAAUCAGUUUAAUAUACAAUUAAAUAAUGUAAGUGUAUAUAGAUGUAGGUUUUCUUUGAACAAUUAUUAUUUUUAUUAUAGUGGUUCUCUGACUAGUCUUUAAAGCAUAAUAAACAUAUUAUAUGUUUGAUCUUCUCAAUCCUUUUUAGCAACAAUUAUAAUACAUUGGACAGUUUUAUUAAUAUAUUGAUAUUAAAGUGGAAGAAUUUAUUUUUGAAGAAAGCUCUUUUAUUCCUAUCAGGCGAAACAGGAACCAUUUUGGUUUAUUUUACGGCAUUUGUAUUUUGGAAAAUUAUUUUGAUUAAUUAUUUAUUGGUGUAUAAGAUGAUAAUCAAAAUUAGUUAUUUAAACAUUUGCUUUUUAUAAGUAAUAAAUUUGUUUCUUACGUGUUCACGCACACCACUCAUUAAAUAAAACAAGGUUCAACAGUAUAGAUGCACUGAUGUAUUUAUUUAUGACGUUUCGCAUCCUUUCCGACGACGCGGCCUAAAAAGCCUAAAAAGCAGCUGCGUCGUCAGAAAGGCAGCCCUAAAAAGUUUUUAGGCUGCGUCGUCAGAAAGGAUGCGAAACGUGAUAAAUAAAUAAAUCAGUGCACCUAUACUGUUGAAACUUGUUUUAUUUACAUAAUAAGUUAUUAGAAUACCUGGAUUAUACAGGUGUAAAUAAGCAUAAAUCACAUAAAUAAUUAUAUGUCAUAAGGAGAACUAAAACUGUUUUUUCGGUUUAAAGUUAUUGACAAUCAAAGCGUUUAAUAUAGUAUUCGGUAUAAAGUGGGUGCUUUAUUUUAUAAUUUAAUAAAAAUAUUUUACUAAAGUUACUUUUACGAUAAUCUGUUAUCAUUUAUUGUUAAAAAAUAUGGUAGGGACGGUGCAAUUAUCGCAUAUACUAGCAGCUAGAGAAAAAAAUCGAUAACUCGCCUUUUAAGAUUUUUUUACCUAACGUAUAUUUUAUUACGCUAAAUUUUCAACUAUCCUAUACAUAAAGUAUUUAGAUUUACACUAAUUAUAUUGAGAUCUGCUGUGAUUUCUACUAACUUACUCUUAAGUUUAUUAGUUAUAUGAUGAUGAGAUUAGAUCUUUAAGUGGCCUGCUUCCCUUAUGUGUAAAAUACGAAAAAAAUACUCUAAUUUUGUUUUAAAUGUCAGUUAUUUUAUUUAUAUAUUUAUUUUAAUGAUAGUUAUUUUACAUUGUGCCCGGAGGUAUUAUGUCCCGUAAUUGAAUAAACCCUGUGUCUCCGUUCGUCACUUAGGCCCGUAUUACAGAAUGA